AUGUCACGAGUCAUCGGUCGGCCCAAGCGAACGAGUGCAGAGGUCGCUCAGAUACUCCAAACAGCGGUGAAAAAUGGCUUAGAUCGAAAGAAAGCAGACCGAAUUCUUUCUGAAGCCAAAAUGAGUGACUAUCUCAUGAAUAUUUACGACCACUUGGAUGCUUUGAAAAACCCCUACCUGACUCCAGAAACCAACUUACCAGGUAUCAAAAUCAAUAUGGGUGUCAAACCAAGAUUCUUUGAACAGACGAGCGAGAGGGAGCUAAAGGAGAAAUAUAAUCUUCCAACAUUCCAGCUUGACCCCCAUACCAAAGAGAGUCCAAUCCCCCCGAACAAUUCCGACUCAUCUUACGGUCUCUGGCUGGAUUUGCAAGAAGUUUUUUCGAAAGUUGGCCUGUUAGCUGAGAAAUCACUGGCUCGCCAGCGUGGACUGGAAAUACUUGAGAAUCGCCAUGGUGAUAACCCAAUGAUGAUAGAAUUUACUGGCUCUCCAACUCGAACCCACGAUUAUCAGUGGUGCACAAAAAUGAUUUACAAAUACAAAGAUUUCCCUCACCUCAUGGUCAAGUCCCUCCAUAAGAUCACUAGGGAUGGCACGGAGAAUUGCAUCUUACGAAGCGAGUUGAUGAUCCUUGUCAGACUCAUAGUAUUGAAGGCCCGCAAGGACGAAAACGAGCCUCAUGAGAUCUUCCCCUAUGUGAUUAUUGAGGCAUACUUCGAUGGCAAAUACGUCCAUGUGAACUAUGGUAAACCCAUAGCCAUGUCCGAUAAGUUGCCACCCAAAGAACAAGACCAAAGAAUGAAGUAUGUGAUCGGCUGGGCAACAGCCCAACCCUGUGGGAAAACCGCCAGCUAUAAAGACAGCCCGCAGUAA